AUGGUCUUGCCAAAGUUAUAUGCUGCUUCUUCGCGUGCAGCUUUGAACGCUGCUAGACGUGCCAUUCCAUUCAAUGGUGCUAGAGGUUUAGCUUCUGCAUCUCCAGCUGCUGUUGGUAAGGUGAGAGCUGUGAUUGGUGCUGUCGUUGAUGUUCAGUUUGAACAAGAUAACAUUCCAGCUAUUUUGAACGCUUUGGAAAUUAACACUGCCAAUGGUAAGCUAGUUUUGGAAGUUUCCCAACAUUUGGGUGAAAACACUGUUAGAGCUAUUGCCAUGGAUGGUACUGAAGGUUUAGUUCGUGGUGAGAAGGUUGUCGACACUGGUGCUCCAAUCUCUGUGCCAGUUGGUAGAGAGACUUUGGGUAGAAUCUUGAACGUUAUUGGAGAGCCAAUUGACGAAAGGGGACCAAUUAAGUCCAAGCUCAGGAAGCCAAUUCACGCCGACCCUCCAACUUAUGUUCAACAAUCUACUUCUGCUGAAGUGUUGGAAACUGGUAUCAAGGUUGUCGACUUGUUGGCUCCAUACGCCAGAGGUGGUAAGAUUGGUUUGUUCGGUGGUGCCGGUGUCGGUAAGACUGUGUUUAUCCAAGAGUUGAUUAAUAACAUUGCUAAGGCACACGGUGGUUUCUCUGUUUUCACUGGUGUCGGUGAAAGAACCAGAGAAGGUAACGAUUUGUACCGUGAAAUGAGAGAAACUGGUGUUAUCAACUUGGAAGGUGACUCCAAGGUGGCCUUGGUUUUCGGUCAAAUGAACGAACCACCAGGAGCUAGAGCUAGAGUUGCUUUGACUGGUUUGACAAUUGCCGAAUAUUUCAGAGAUGAAGAAGGUCAAGAUGUCUUGCUUUUCAUUGACAACAUUUUCAGAUUUACCCAAGCUGGUUCAGAAGUGUCUGCUUUGCUAGGUCGUAUCCCAUCUGCUGUCGGUUAUCAACCAACCUUGGCUACCGAUAUGGGUUUGUUGCAAGAGAGAAUUACCACCACCAAGAAGGGUUCCGUUACUUCUGUCCAAGCUGUCUAUGUCCCAGCUGAUGACUUGACUGAUCCUGCUCCAGCUACUACUUUCGCGCACUUGGAUGCUACCACUGUGUUGUCCAGAGGUAUCUCUGAAUUGGGUAUUUACCCAGCUGUCGACCCAUUGGAUUCCAAGUCCAGAUUGUUGGACGCUGCCGUUGUUGGUCAAGAACAUUACGACGUUGCAACCAAGGUUCAACAAACCUUGCAAGCAUACAAGUCCUUGCAAGAUAUUAUCGCCAUUUUGGGUAUGGACGAAUUAUCCGAACAAGAUAAAUUGACUGUCGAAAGAGCUAGAAAGAUUCAAAGAUUCUUGUCUCAACCAUUUGCCGUCGCAGAAGUUUUCACUGGUAUACCAGGUAGAUUGGUCAGAUUGAAGGACACUAUCGCUUCCUUCAAGGCUGUUUUGGAUGGUAAGUACGAUCACUUGCCAGAAAACGCCUUCUACAUGGUUGGUGGUAUUGAAGACGUUGUCGCCAAGGCUGAGAAGUUGGCCGCUGAGGCUAAUUGA